AUGUCCGAAUAUCUCCUGGGUGGCCGUUCUCACACCCUGUCUCCUGCCCUAAAACCAGCCGCGGCGGGUCAGGUCACCGCGCCGAGGAGAGCUCUGGCUGCAGCGAAUGAAGAACGCAAUCGCUUUCGGGCGGUUGAAUUGGUUGUGUGCGUGUGUCAGUGCGGGGGGACCCCCUCGGCAAAGGGACCAGGUGCUGAGCACGUCCGCGAGAGGCAGCGGAAGGGCCGCCGGUCCCGCGCUGUCCGUCAUCUCCUGCGGCCACUGGCGGGGCUGCAGGGCCGCCGGGCCGCCCCCGGGGGCGGGCUCGGGAGCGGGGGGCUGCGGCUCCCAGCCCAGCCCGGCCCUGCCCACGUUGCCCUGAGUGGCAUCGGCUCGCGGAUGCCCUCCCGAGUACCGCGCAGUGUCCGACGGCCGUGUGUGUGCUUGCUUGCAGAACCCGCCUUCGGGGAGGUGAACCAGCUCGGGGGAGUUUUCGUCAACGGGAGGCCUCUGCCCAACGCCAUCCGGCUACGGAUUGUGGAACUGGCGCAGCUGGGGAUCAGGCCGUGCGACAUCAGCCGCCAGCUCCGCGUUUCCCACGGCUGUGUCAGCAAAAUCCUGGCUCGCUACAACGAGACCGGCUCCAUCCUACCGGGGGCUAUCGGAGGCAGCAAGCCGCGAGUCACCACCCCCACAGUGGUUAAACAUAUCCGGACCUACAAACAAAGGGAUCCGGGCAUCUUCGCCUGGGAGAUCCGGGAUCGCCUGCUGGCCGACGGCGUGUGCGACAAGUACAAUGUACCGUCGGUCAGCUCCAUCAGCCGCAUCCUCCGCAACAAGAUUGGGAACCUGUCCCAGCAGGGCCACUACGAGUCCUACAAGCAGCACCAGCCACCCCCGCAGCCCACCUUGCCCUACAACCACAUCUACUCCUACCCCAGCCCCAUCGCUGCCGCGGGAGCAAAGGUGCCCACGCCGCCAGGAGUGCCUGCCAUUCCUGGCACCAUGGCCAUGCCCCGCACCUGGCCCUCAUCCCACUCGGUGACGGACAUCCUGGGCAUCCGCUCCAUCACGGACCAAGUGAGUGACACCUCUUCGUACCCCAGCCCCAAGGUGGAGGAGUGGAGCAGCCUGGGCCGGAGCAGCUUCCCCCCUGCAGCCCAGCAUGCCGUGAACGGGCUGGAGAAGAACUCCCUGGAACAGGAGGCCAAGUACAGCCAGGUGAUCUGGAUGGCACCCCAUUCGAACCCCAUUUGUGAGACCUGCCUCUUACUGGCCACCUGCUUCCACGGCCAAAACCCAGUGCCCUGCCCACCAACCCACAUGGCUACAGGGCACUCCACCUGGAUGAAACUAAUAAAGAAAGUCAGAGAGGCACACAACGGCCUCCCAGCAGUUGGAAGCUUCGUAUCAGCACCAGCCAUGUCUCCCUACGCCACGUCGGCUCAAGUGUCGCCCUACAUGCCAUACAGCGCAGCUCCCUCCAGCUACAUGGCAGGCCAUGGUUGGCAGCACGCUGCAGGCACACCGCUCUCCCCUCAUGGCUGUGACCUCCCUGCCUCGCUGGCCUUCAAGGGCAUGCAGACAGCCAGGGAAGGCAGCCACUCAGUCACGGCCUCCGCUCUCUGAUGCAGGAGCUGCUCCAGGCCAAUUGUCCCCAGCACCGGGCUCACAGACUGCUCACCUCAUGUUGGCGGAACCCGGUCUUUCUUUUCCUGACGUGUCUCCUGCAGGAUUUUUCGGGACUGAAAGAGCUGAAGGCCGCAUCAGAAGUAGAGGGGAGCGUGCUGAUGCCCUUGCACUCUCUAAGUAAAGAUCUCGUGUCCCUCAAAGGGCCCGUGGAAACUUGUCUCACUCCUCUGGUCAAACCACACAUAUUUAUUCUUAAUCACCACAGAGUUGUUAAAUGUGCAAUUGUUGUUAAGAUUCGUGUAGAAAUCAAUAAAGAAAAAUAAUCACAGGAAAUUCUGCCACGCCUCAAAUCAGCAAAGGUGGUUAAAUCAAAGGUAUUUGCCAAUAACCUGACUCUAGAGAACAAAUAAGGUUAUGUGACUGCUAUUAAGAUCACUUUUUUUGUCAUUUUGUUGAGUUUUGAUAGUCAGAUACAGAACCAAGACAAUGUGUGGCUUUCAGAUUCUUCUGGCAUUUCAUCAUUGUCAGGCAGUCAUAUGUUUGUAUUUUUAUCCAUUUGUAAAUAUAGGCUUUCAACAGCAUUUGUCUUUAUUUCUCCGUGCACUUUCUUCAGGUUUUUUUUUUUUCUUUUUUUUUUCCUCCUUUUUUUUUUUUUUCCUUUCUCUUUCCUUGGAAAUUAAAAAGGUGACUUUCUAUUUUCAGUUGUCUUUGCAUGGUGCAGUGAUAGCUUCAGGGUUAGGGAUGUUUCUUUCAUCUUUUUUU